AUGAAAUUUUUUAGUUAAAGUUUUGAAGAUUAAGAAAUGGAAUAUGAAUAUUAGAAAGAGAUAACAAAUGUAUAUAAAAAUUAUCAAAAAACUCAGAAAUGGAUUAUUUUGCCAUUGGUUGUAUUCCAAAUUUCAUUAAAAAUUAUGAGGGCAGAUUGGCUUUUACUCACUGUGUUAAUAUUAUGUAGUAUACUUUAUGCUUUAAAUCUAAAAUGCACCUCAUCAUCAAAUAGAUAUUUCAAAGACUUAUUACUAUUUCUUUCAUUAGUGUUAUAUAACUUUUUCUUCAGUAUUUUAAGAGAAGGAAUUAUAACUCUAAACUUAUUCAUUAGAUGGCUACUUUCAAGCUUUAACAAUUUUGGCGUAUGAAUUAAUUUAAAAUAAAUAGUUUAAUAAAUACACUAAGCUAUUCCAAGAAGCAAUUAAUCUUAGUGGUAAUUUUCACAUUUCAAAUUACAAUAUUUAGAAAUCCAAAUAUUUAAUUGUGGGAAUAAUUAAUUUUACAUCUGUUUGAAUUAUGCAUUUAUAUUCAUUAUUGUUAUACUUUUGAGAGUUUUAGGAGAUAAGUUUUUAUUUAGGCAAAUACUUAAAAAAUUUUAGAAGAUAAUAUCUAGACUUAUAAUGAUAUUGAGAGUUUCCUCAUCAGUUAUAAUCCACCUAUGAAUAAGCUGAUUCUAGUUUAAAAGAAUAGGGAGCAUCAUAUUACGGAGUAGAUUUAGGAUGAGUUUAUUGAUAAAAUAAGAAACACAAAAGUCUCCUAGUAUGAUAACAUAAAAAGAUUUACUUAACUUGCUUCAUAGGAGAUCUUAGAAAAUCAGGAUAAUAUGACAUUAGAGAUGUUUUUGUUUUAUGAAUUUACAAAUAGGAAAAAAUAAAUCAUGCAUUUAAUUCAUUAAUCUGAACAUAAAGAUUCAUAUAUGUUAAAGGGAUUUUUAUAUCAUGAAAGUUAUACAAUAAAAGUAGUGAAAUUUUAUUAAGAAAAACCAUGUGCUUUAGUUUUGUUAAUUGAAAAUAAGAAAGAUAAUGUUAUUGAUUAACUUAAUUUAAAGAAUAAGAUAACAAUGAAGGCAUUAGAUUAUAUUAGUGAUGUGUUUAGAGAUUAUGUAAAACCUAGUUUAAUUUCCUUUUAAUGGAUUUAUAAUAACAAAUAGAAAAAUAAAAAUAUUGUAUUCAUUAAUAAAUUAUUAAGAAAAGUAAAUAGCAAUUUAUUGAAAAGCUAUAAUGAUUUUUCAAAUAUACAGGAUUACUUUAGUAUAAACAAAGAAUUUUAACGUUGUUUAAUACAGAAAUUUGACAUAAAGGAAUUUAUUGAAUCAAUUUACUAGCAUGUAGUAAGAUUUUUCGGAGAUGAUAAAGGAUUAUUUUUUUCGAUAGAUUGCAAAAUUUCAGAUACAUACGUGAGAUAGGAUUAAAGAUAACUGAAACAAUUAUUUUUAAACUUAUUUUUUUUUAUUUUAGGUAAACAAUCAGGAUCAAAACAUAAUCAUUCAAAUUUUAUCCAUAUAACUUUACAAUAAGUGAAGGAUGAAUCCAAUUAAUAGAUGUCAAUAAAAAUAAGGAUUGAUUAUGAAGGUCAUAAUUUAAGUAAAGCUGCUCUAAAUAAUUUACCAAUAAUAAAUCCUUAAACAAUAGGAGAGUUGAGGCAUAAUAGUUAAAAGAGAUUUGAUUUGUUAUUGCCAAUAUCAUUGUUGAUAAUAAGGAAAAUAGGACCUCAUGAUAAAUUAACUCUAAAUUAGAAUGAGAUGAAUAGAAAUUUUAUGGAGUUUUAAAUAUUUAAUUCCCUGGAAGAGAAUUAUCAUUUGUUACCAAUAAUAUCAUUUUAUCCAAAAGACAAUAUUCUAACAACAUCGAGUUUGGCUAAAGUCUAUUCUGAAUACUUUGAUCAGGUUCCGAUUGUAUAAUUAAACUCUAUUCAGGAAUUCUGA